AUGCCCUCUACCUUCGCCAUGGAUAGUAUUCCAGCAACGCGAGUCGGAUACCUGAGCCGCAAAGCUCUACCGAUCAAACGAAAUGACGCCGAGCCUCUCACUCGCGAGGAUGUUCAAUAUGAUCUGCUUGAAUAUCUCUUUACCAACUCUGAUGCUGUUUUCACUGAUCCUCUUUCCCCAACCGGGCCCAAGAUGACGUUCGGUACUCUUUACGCAUCCACUGUUAUCAACUCCAGCAAAUGCUCCAAGGUUCUAAAAGACAAAAUGAUUGAAGCGCCUGCAUUCAAACUCGAAUUUGCGAAGAUAGCUCUUCUAACCAACGUCGGGCGCAUUAACACUACCAUGGCUUUCUUUCCGGAAAUGAAGACGGCCCUAAGAACAUACCAUCCGGUACCUUCAUUACAGAAGACUGACGGCAAUGCACAAGAUGCCCCACGUAUCAAAAAUUGUCUCAAGGCUGCUAACCUUCCCUCAGAAAUAAGACCGGAAGAUGUACCAGCCUCACCUGAGGAUGUUCUCGACAAACUUAGAUCUGGCCAAAGGCCUUCGACAAGUGUAGUCAACAUGGUUUUCCUUCUUGCUAGUCAUGCAGCACCUCUUUCCAGUAUCCAUUUUGACGGAAAUUUAAAUUUUUUGGACCUUUUUCUUUCUAGCAACCGCUUCGCUUCUGCAGACCGCGGAAGGGCUUUUUUGUGGCUGCUAUAUCACUAUAUAGAAGAUUGCGAAGGCACUAACCCAUUCGACGACUUACACUCAAAAGCCAAUCCAGGGAAAAUCCCUUCUCUUAGACAGCUCACGGCAUCAGAGCAAAGACGAGAGAACGUAGAUCUUCCCGAAGAAAUCCAAUGGGGUCUCAAGAUGUCAAAUCAACGGAAUGUUUUUCUUCAAAAGCUUGUCGCAGCUAAUGAAGGGGAAAAGAAAGCUAGAGCAAUCGCUCCUCACUUUGUCACAGCAUCUGGAAGCAAUAUUCCACGAACACCGCGCCAAUUGCAAGACAACCCUAAAGAUGAAGCGGCUUUUCUUUUUUACGUACCGAGUCAAGACAAUCAGCCUCCUCAACGUCCUCAACAAAUACCUAUUUACGCAGCUGGCCAUCGCGUGACUCGCUCUACAAAUGAACGCACUAUGUUUCAACACGCUUGGCAUCUAGCAACCUCUGUCGAUCCCUUGGUUGAUUCCGACGACGAAAUGAUUGACCAUCAUAAUCGAGUGGAAUAUAGUUAA